UCCUGAAUGUACUCCGCGUGCGGAUUCUUCUCCCUUUAUUUAAUGGCCGCCGGAUGACCUCGUAAGACCCGCAGCUGAUCCCGCUCUUUCGGGAAAGAUGCCGCUUCCGUUCGGGCUGAAGUUGAAGCGGACGCGGAGGUACACGGUGUCGAGUAAGAGUUGCCUGGUGGCGCGGAUCCAGCUGCUCAACAAUGAGUUUGUGGAGUUCACCCUCUCGGUGGAGAGCUCGGGGCAGGAGUGCCUGGAGGCGGUGGCGCAGAGGCUGGAACUUCGAGAGGUGACGUACUUCAGCCUCUGGUACCUCAACAAGCAGAACCAGCAGCGCUGGGUGGAUCUGGAGAAACCGCUGAAGAAACAGCUCGAUAAAUACGCCGUGGAGCCGACCGUGUAUUUCGGAGUGGUGUACUAUGUGCCGUCUGUGUCCCAGCUGCAGCAGGAGAUCACCAGAUACCAGUAUUACCUGCAGCUGAAGAAGGAUAUCUUGGAGGGGAAGAUCCCCUGUGCUCUGGAGCAGGCCAUUCAGCUGGCUGGUCUGGCUGUGCAAGCUGAUUUUGGAGACUAUGACCAGUAUGAAUCGCAGGAUUUCCUGCAGCGAUACGCUCUGUUUCCUGUGGGAUGGAUACAGGACGAGAAGACCCUGGAGGAGGCAACACAAAAUGUGGCCCUGCUUCACCAAAAGUUGCGGGGUCUGUCUCCCCCCGAGGCGGAGAUGUUGUACAUGCAGGAGAUCGAGCGCCUCGAAAAUUAUGGAGAGGAAACUUACCCCGCCAAGGACAGUCAAGGUACCGACCUCUCUAUCGGGGCCUGUCUGACUGGGAUCUUCGUGAGACACAAAAAUGGCCGCCCACCUGUUUUAUUCCGGUGGCUGGACAUUGCUAACAUGUCUCAUAACAAAUCGUUUUUCACCUUGGAGCUGGCAAACAAGGAGGAGACCAUCCAGUUCCAGACGGAAGACAUGGAAACUGCCAAAUAUGUGUGGAGGAUGUGCGUGGCCCGGCACAAGUUCUACAGAAUGAACUGCAACCUGCAAACUCCGGCCGUCAACCCAGUGCGUCGGAGGUCAUCGACCAGAAUGUCGCUGCCGAAGCACCAGCCUUAUAUGAUGCCCCCUCCACAGAUGCACUACAAUGGACACUACAACGAGCCCUAUACCUCGUCACAAGACAAUCUCCCUGUAUUUGUGAACAAUCAGAAUGGAUAUUACUAUCACUCCCAGACCAGCCUCGACCGCAGCCCUCACGACUACAACGGCAGAAUCCGGAAUGGCAGCGUCUAUAGCGCUCACAGCACCAACUCCCUCAACACCCAGCAACACUACUUGCAGCCAUCGCCCAUGUCCUCCAAUCCCAGCAUUACAGGAAGUGACAUCAUGAGGCAGGAGUACAUCCCCACCCACCGGCACAGUGCCCUCAUCCCUCCCUCUUACCGCCCGACUCCUGACUAUGAGACGGUGAUGAGGCAGCUGAACAGGGGCGUCAUGCAUUCGGACAGGCAGAGCCACUCAAUGAGGAACCUCAACAUCGGAAACUCCUAUGCCUACAGUCGGCCGGACGCUUUGGUGUACAGUCAGCCUGAGAUCCGAGAACAUGCCCAGUUCACCUCCCACCAGUCCCACCAUUAUCCUUUUAAUAUGAACUAUAGUUUCCACAGCCAAUCUCCCUACCCUUACCAGGCCGAGCGGCGCCCUGUAGUGGGAGCAGUAAGUGUCCCCGAACUGACCAACGUCCAACUGCAGGCUCAAGAGUACCCAGCCUCCAACAUCAUGAAAACUCAGGUAUACCGGCCUCCUCCUCCAUAUCCAUACCCGCGUCCAGCCAACAGCACCCCGGAUCUAACCCGACAUCACACAAGCCGCAGUAACCCCGACCUCAUCGCCAGGAGGGUCCACCAUUCGGUGCAGAUGUUCCAAGAGGAUAGUCUUCCGGUAGCUCAUUCCUUGCAAGAAGUCAGUGAGCCAUUGACCGUAGUCCGCCAUGCCCAACUGCAGAAGAGGAACAGCAUAGAAAUCGCCGGGCUCACUCAUAGCUUCGAAGGGAUGAGGGUUAAAGAGCGGACCGCGUCUUCUUCUGCCGCCAACGUGGCGCCGCAAAGGAUCGUGGCAACGGAUUCGCCAACAAACGUUUACAUUGAGCGCGCGAAAGAGGAGCAAGGUGCUGAGCAGGAAAGAGGCCGUUAUGGGCACAAGAAGUCUCUCUCGGACGCCACCAUGCUCAUUCACAGCAGUGAGGAUGAUGAUGAAGAUAACGAGGAAGAAGACAACAGGACAAACAUCUCUCAAACGGCCCAAUACGACCGUUCCCAGCUCCGAACCGUCAUGGAGACCUAUCCAGAUGAGUCGGAACCCAGCUACCCAUACAGCUCCGUGCCGGUCAAUCAUCUACAUAUCUAUGAACACAAACCAGUGGAGGUGGAGAAAGAAAGGCGGCAGACCACUCUCAGCCCUCUGCAGUUUACGGGAGACCUCCUGUCCAACAGGAGAGGAAGCGGCACUAUACCUCCCUCUGUGUCCGAGUCCAAUCUCACAGCCGGCACAGUGACGUAUCGAGUGAAAAAGGAGCCCGUGAAGAAGAGGCCGGUGUCUGAUGUCCUCUCUGGAAAAAAGGACAUAGUGGAGGGUCUCCCACCUUCAGGGGGUAUGAAAAAAGGUAUCCGAACGGACGUUAAAAAAAUGGGACCUUUGAAGCUUGCCGCUUAUAACGGUCUAGUCCUGCCCCGCAUGCCGCUACCGGACGAGGAGAGGGAGGAGCAUCAGAGUAUAAAAGCAUCCAAUGAUGAGCGGUGUAAGGUCCUAGAGCAGCGACUGGAACAAGGUAUGGUCUUCACGGAGUAUGAACAGACCCUGAAGAAGAGACUUCCCGACACAGAGUGCUCCAUAGCGCGGCUCCCUGAGAAUGCCGAGCGGAACCGGUUCCAGGAUGUCCUUCCCUACGAUGACACUCGGGUUGAACUGGUCCCAACUAAAGAAAAUAACACCGGUUAUAUCAAUGCCUCUCAUAUAAAGGUGGCAGUUGGCGGUGUGGAGUGGGAUUACAUCGCUACCCAGGGACCUCUGCAGAAUACGUGUCAGGAUUUUUGGCAGAUGGUCUGGGAGCAGGGGGUGGCCAUCAUUGCCAUGGUAACACUGGAAGAGGAGGGAGGCCGGGAGAAGAGUUACCGAUACUGGCCGAGGCUUGGGUCGCGCCACAACACCGUCACCUACGGGAGGUUCAAGAUCACCACGCGCUUCCGCACCGACUCCGGCUGUUACGCCACCACCGGCCUGAAGAUAAAACACCUGCUGACCGGGCAGGAGAGGACCGUGUGGCACCUGCAGUACACAGACUGGCCGGAACUCGGGCACCCCGAGGACCUGAAGGGCUUUCUCUCUUAUCUCGAAGAGAUUCAGUCUGUCCGGCGGCAUACGAACAGCACAAAUGAUCCCAACACCCCCAACCCCCCUGUGCUCGUCCACUGUAGCGCAGGCGUUGGCCGCACCGGAGUGGUGAUCUUAUCCGAGGUCAUGAUUGCAUGUCUGGAGCACAACGAGGUGAGAACAACUCAAACCGACCCAACUAGACUCAAAGCUCGGUCGCAACGAAUGUUAAUGGUGCAGAUGAUCGCCCAGUACACGUUCGUCUACAAGGUCCUGAUCCAGUUCUUGAAAAGCUCCCGGCUUAUCUGAGAUCUCCACCAACGUCGGCACAGCCGCCCCGGAA